AUGAUGACGACUAUGAGGCAGAGUUCAAGUUUCUUGAAGCAUCAUACAGCGAAGAUGGGGGAUACUGAGGCACUACCUGGGCAACUAAGUUUUUUGGAAGUUAUGUUAAAGGAGAAAGUAUCAUGUUUUAACGAAAUCCUGUUGGCGGUGUCAAAGUCUCCAGAACCAGAAAAGAGGCUAAUUCAGGUAGUCCAAAAUAUCUGUAAGCUGCAUGCCGUAAAUCCUGCCACCAGCGCUGCUGGCGAGCGUUCAUUUUCAUCUGCACGGCGUCUGAAGACGUGGCUUCGAUCUAGGAUGGGUGGCGAAAGGUUUAGCAACCUAGCAGCGUUGAAUGGCCACAAGCAGAUAACAGACAGUGUUUCUAUAGCUGACGUCGCACAGGAGUUUGUUUCCCGCAAUGAGAAUCGCAAGAGAAACUUCGGCGAGCAGCUUCAAGACGAAGCAAGGGUACGUAAUGUAUUUAACACAAUAACUGUAUUGGAUAGUAAAACAAGUGAGGAUGUCUAUGUUAUAUUAAUUGAGGUUGAAAAUAAGAUGGCGCGCAAAUGCAAGAUAAAUCACGCACACUUCCUUAGCGUUUGUUUGCAUUGGCCAGAUUUUUUAGCCCUACCACUUUAAAAUGGUCUUCGUAGAUGCUCUAAACAAGCAAAAACCAUUUCUGAAAACGUAACUUCGGUUUUUCUUUUUGUAUUUUGGUUUUCUUCCCCUUCUAGGAAAAUAAGCGAUACGGAUUUUUCCGUGUUUCAGCAGCCAUAAUCCGAGAACAUUCCGACAAAACAACCACGGAUUGA